CGGGAGCCACCUCUGCCAGCAACAUGUUCAAGGUGAUUCAGAGGUCCGUGGGGCCGGCCAGCCUGAGUCUGCUCACCUUCAAAGUCUAUGCAUCACCUAAAAAGGAUACACCUCACAAAACUUCCAUGAAGGUUAAUGAGCUUUCACUCUACUCUGUUCCCGAGAGUCCAUCUAAAUACGUGGAGGAGCCAAGGACCCAACUUGAAGAAAGCAUCUCACAUAUCCGACAUUACUGCGAGCCAUACACAAGUUGGUGUCAGGAAAUGUACUCACAAUCUAAACCCAAGAUGCAGAGCUUGGUUCAAUGGGGGUUAGACGGCUAUGAAUAUCUCCAAAAUGCACCUCCUGGAUUUUUUCCAAGACUUGGUGUUAUUGGUUUUGCUGGCAUUCUUGGACUUCUUUUGGCUAGAGGUUCAAAAAUAAAGAAGCUGGUGUCUCCACCCGGGUUCAUCGGAUUAGCUGCCUCUCUUUAUUAUCCACAACAAGCCAUCGUAUUUGUCCAGAUCAGUGGGGAGAAAUUAUAUGACUGGGGUUUACGAGGAUACAUGGUCGUAGAAGAUUUGUGGAAGGAGAACUUUCAAAAGCCAGGAAAUGUGAAGAAUUCAUCUGGGAAUAAGUAGACUACUCCAUGCUCUGCCCAUUUUAAUCAGUUAUAGGUAAACAUUGGAAACUCCAUGCAGUAAAUCAGUAUUUCUACAGAAAAAAUGGCGGAGAAGUCAGUACUGAAUGUAGUGAAUUGGCUUUCUUCUUCUGGAAAAACUAUACUAGGCUUCUUUGUGAUCUUGGGUGAUACCACACUCCAAGUGGACGAAUUGGAAAUCUUUUCACCUGGAGAUAAUGUCCAGCCUUAGAGCUCCUCAUUCUCAUGUUGCUAUUUAUGUACAUAAUUAAAAUUCCAAGUUAAA